CUCAGACGCAUCUCUGGCCUGUGAGUUGCGCCUCCCUCGACCCUCGAACCCUCCACACCUCGCCCGACAACCAAACAGCUUUCCCUUCCUGCCCUGGCCGCACACGUUGUUUGUUCGAAGCUGGCAUUCAACCACGACGCCUCGCUCCCCUCAGGUUUCUCAAUUGAAUGAGCUGUUGGGGCCCUUGUCCUGUCCCCUCCGCCAACCGACCCCGACCCCGACCGACAAGCAGCUCUGGACACUUGUCGACUGCACCAGCCAGGGGGAGCUUCGAGCCGCCCAGGUCCCGCCGUCGACAGCAAACAGCUGCCAGCAUUGCCAUCAGUCUGACACGUCGCGGGAAGCUCGUCGGGCUGCCCACCAACCCCUCCCCCAAACAUGUCCUCCUUCCUCGAGAAUGCCUACAGCCUGGUCCACCAGGACAACGCCGCCGAUGUUCCCUCCAUGUCCGAGCUGCGCACGCAGCUUGAGAAGGGCACCGACGAGACCAAGGUCCAGACCAUGAAGUCCAUCCUCACAAUCAUGCUCAACGGCGACCCAAUGCCCCAGCUGCUCAUGCACAUCAUCCGAUUCGUCAUGCCCUCCAAAUCCAAGCCGCUCAAGAAGCUGCUCUACUUCUACUACGAGAUCUGUCCCAAGCUCGACGCUGGCGGCAAGCUCAAGCAGGAGAUGAUUCUGGUCUGCAACGGCAUAAGGAAUGAUCUGCAGCACCCCAACGAAUACAUCCGCGGCAACACUCUGCGCUUCCUCUGCAAGCUGCGCGAACCCGAGCUGAUCGAGCCCCUCCUGUCCUCUGCCCGAUCCUGCCUCGAGCAUCGUCACGCAUACGUCCGCAAGAAUGCUGUCUUCGCCGUGGCCUCCAUCUACCAGCACUCCCCGUCGCUGAUACCCGAUGCCUCGGACCUCAUCGCUACUUUCCUCGAGACCGAAAGUGACCCAACGUCCAAGCGCAAUGCAUUCGCAGCCCUUGCCAGCAUCGACCAUCAGAAGGCACUGGCAUACUUGAGCUCCGUCUUCGAGGGCAUACCCAAUGCCGAGGAGCUCCUGCAGCUGGUCGAGCUCGAGUUCAUCCGCAAGGAUGCCGUGCAGAAUCCCCAGAACAAGGCGCGCUAUCUGCGGUUGAUCUUCGACCUGCUCGAGGCCGGUGCGUCGACGGUUGUCUACGAGGCCGCUUCGUCGCUGACCGCACUGACGAGCAACCCCGUCGCCGUCAAGGCAGCUGCGGCCAAGUUCAUCGAGCUGAGCAUCAAGGAGGCAGACAACAACGUGAAGCUGAUUGUGCUCGAUCGUGUGGACCAGCUGCGGACCAGGAACGAGGGGGUGCUAGACGACCUUAUCAUGGAGAUCCUGCGCGUGCUCUCGAGCCCAGACAUCGAUGUGCGCCGCAAGGCCCUGAGCAUCGCACUAGAAAUGGUCUCGAGCAAGAAUGUCGAAGAGGUCGUGCUCCUCCUCAAAAAGGAACUUUCCAAGACCGUGGACCAGGAAUACGAGAAGAACACCGAGUACCGACAGCUUCUCAUCCACUCAAUACACCAGUGUGCCAUCAAGUUCUCCGAGGUCGCGGCCAGCGUUGUCGACUUGUUGAUGGACUUCAUCGCAGACUUCAACAACACGUCUGCCGUAGAUGUCAUCAACUUCGUCAAGGAGGUCGUCGAGAAGUUCCCCAAGCUGCGGCCGGCCAUCGUCCACAGGCUGGUCGACACGCUCAGCGAGGUGCGCGCGGGCAAGGUGUACAGGGGAAUUCUGUGGAUCGUCGGCGAAUACUCCCUCGAGGAGAAGGAUAUCAGAGAUGCAUGGAAGCGUAUCAGGGCUAGUCUGGGAGAGAUACCGAUCCUUGCAUCGGAACAGCGUCUUCUGGACAACGUUGACGGCGAAGAGGAGAAUGAGAAGGACCAGGUCAACGGUCAUCAUAAGCCUGCUGCGCCGACGGGGUCACGGAGGGUUCUUGCGGACGGUACAUAUGCGACAGAGACGGCGCUGACCAGCCAGUCGUCCGCUGCUGCCAAGCUAGAGGCCGUCAAGGCAGCACAGAAGCCCCCCUUGAGGCAGCUCAUCCUAGACGGCGAUUAUUACCUCGCCACGGUCCUCUCGGCAACCCUGACGAAACUGGUCAUGAGGCACUCCGAGAUCUCGUCUGAACAUGCCCGGACAAAUGCUUUGCGCGCAGAGGCGAUGCUGAUCCUGAUCUCCAUCAUCCGGGUCGGUCAGUCGCAAUUUGUCAAGGCGCCAAUCGACGAGGACUCCAUCGACCGAAUCAUGUCGUGCGUCCGGUCGCUGGCGGAGUUCCGUGAGCAUAAGGAAUUGGAGACGGUGUAUCUGGAUGACACAAGGAAAGCCUUCCGUGCCAUGGUACAAGUUGAGGAGAAGAAGCGGGCCGCCAAGGAGGCGGUUGAGAAGGCCAAGACGGCAGUGCAGGUCGACGACGUCGUGGCUAUCCGCCAACUAAGCAAGAAGAACAUGGGUGAUGGGUCGGACGACGUCGAGGUCGACCUUGAGCGCGCCACUGGUGGCGACAGCACUGCGACGGAGGACCUGAGCUCCAAGCUGAGCAGAGUUGUCCAACUCACCGGCUUCUCGGACCCCGUGUACGCUGAGGCUUACGUCAAGGUCCAUCAAUUCGACAUUGUGCUAGACGUGCUCCUCGUCAACCAGACCACCGAGACCCUGCAGAACCUCUCUGUAGAGUUUGCGACGCUCGGAGACCUCAAGGUCGUGGAACGGCCGACGACACAGAACCUAGGCCCGCACGACUUCCACAACGUACAGUGUACAAUCAAGGUCUCGUCGACUGACACAGGCGUCAUUUUCGGAAAUGUCGUGUACGACGGCGCCCACAGCACAGAUACGAACGUAGUAAUCCUCAAUGAUCUGCACGUAGACAUAAUGGAUUACAUCCAGCCGGCGAGCUGCACCGAGACACAGUUCCGCACGAUGUGGACCGAGUUCGAAUGGGAGAAUAAGGUCAAUAUCAACAGCAAGGCCAAGACCCUGCGCGAGUUCCUGGACCAGCUGAUGGCGGCGACCAACAUGAAUUGUCUCACCCCAGAGGCAAGUCUGAAGGGCGAUUGCCAAUUCCUGAGCGCUAACCUCUACGCGAGGAGCGUGUUCGGUGAGGAUGCUCUAGCGAACCUGAGCAUCGAAAAGGAAGGCGAGGACGGCCCCAUCACAGGCUUCGUCCGGAUACGGAGUCGCAGCCAGGGUCUGGCGCUCAGCUUGGGCAGUCUCAAGGGCCUGAACAAGAUUGGGACGUCGGCCUGAGCUCCGACGAGUUGACAAGUAGGGGUUGAGGAGAUUUGAGCUGGUUUAAUUGGAGAAGCCCACGACGAAGGGGAGACGGUAGCAGAAAGCAUUUUACUGUCCCCGAGGUAGACCACAUCCACAAAAGCUUUUACGAUUUAAAAUGUAUGCCCGUGUCGGUUGCCACCCAAGAAAGAUACUUGAAACACAGAGGAAAACGGAGAAACCCCGCCGGUCUUCUGCAUUACAAGAUGCCUGUCUGACUGGACUUGCAAAAGACCCGGACCUGACAUGCUUCACCCACUCCCGAGUCUCUCCUUUACCCACGCCCAUUCUUACUCGUCCCAAGAUGAAAUAGCUGUCUGUAAGAUUUAUCCGAGGAUGAAGACAGGCAGGGCCUGUUAGCCAUACUGUGCAACAAAAGAGCAGCGCACCGCUCACCUUGAC